CAGCUUCUCUGACUCCACCUGACAACAAGAAAGACAGUAGCUCAGAUCAGCACCACUGGCUCGGAGGAAAACAUGGUGUCAAUCAAAGUCACGGUGAUGACGAUCACACUCAUUACUGUUUGUGUGCUGGCCACAAAAACAACUGCAAGUUAUCCUGGAUGCUGUAACAAUUACAUGAGAGGCAAAAUACCCUUUGCAAUUAUCAAGGGGUACUCUGUGCAGUCUGAUACAGAGAUGUGUCACAUCAAUGCCAUCAUUUUCCUCACAAAAAAGGGUAAAGCCUGCGCUAAUCCCGCUUGGGACUGGGUGAUGGACUAUAUUGACCGUUUAAGGUCUAAAGCACGAAAAUUCCACCAGAAAUCACUAUCUCAGAUAUAAAGGUGGCGGACAGCGAAGUUCCUGUGUUGAUCUGAGGAGAGGCAGCAGAGCACAGCUACCACAAGCAUGUUUUCUAUCUCAGCUUUACCUGUUAUCCAGUAACAGAGGAGGUGUCACUGUUUUAUAGCUCAGCUGAGCCUCAGCUUGGCAAGUAUGAAGGCAAUAAAAAAGAAAAAAAAAUAAUACUUUUCUUAAGCUAUGUAAAUAUUAGCUCGGUUGUAAGAGCCCUGUUAUGUUUAUUUUCUAUAUUCUUUUUAUGUAAGAUUUGAAUGUAAAACUAUUAAAGGUGUUAUUAAUGGUGCAAAAAAUAAAAUAAAUAAAAGUGUU